UAAAAGCAGGAAAAUCUAUGCAAUACUAACUUCUUCCUUUUUCGCUGCACAAACAGAUCUCAAUCUCAAAAUUACCAAUUAGUCAAUUGAAAAAAAAAAAAAAAGAUUUUGAAAGAAAAAAGCUUAACAAAUCGAAAUCGGUCGCUUACACAUGUAAAUCCGAAACAUGCUCAGAUCUUCCAUGGCCUCCUCCAGCAAAAUUGAAAUCGUCGGAGAAGACGAAGCUCUUGAAGAAGAGCUUGAGCAUUUCGACGAUUUCACUCUUGCCUCGUCAUGGGAAAGGUUCAUAUCCGAGAUAGAGGCGGUUUGUCGGCAAUGGAUGGCGGACGGUCCAAAGAAUUUAUUGAAAAAGGAUGCAAUUCAGUUGGAGUCUUCAAAGGAUUUAUUUAAGGUCAAAUCCGAGUUGAAAGAUGUCGCAAAAAGUUAUUGCAUGGAAUACUACUUUGAGACCAACAAUAAUGGUACUCUUGAACCUCUUUGAACAAUUUGUAUUCGGUAUUAAAGACUAAUGUGUCUUGUAUUUUGGUUGCAUAGGAAAGAGUCGCAUGAUAUGCAGUUAUGUUUUGGGGUCAAAGAGUUUUUGGUGAUUGCGCCACAAAGUGCAAGCGGUGUAGUUCUUGAUGCCCCUGAGGCUAGCAAGCUGUUAAGUGCUGUCGCAAUUGCUUUAUCAAAUUGUUCGAGUUUAUGGCCAGCAUUUGUGCCAGUGCAUGCUCCUUCUCGAAAAGCAUACAUUGGUAUCCAAAAUAUGGGAACUGUUUUCACUAGAAGAUUUGAGGCAGAUCAUAUUGGUAGUCAAGUUCCAGUAAAACUCAUGCAUCUGGAAGGACUGUACGAGCUGUUUGUUUCUAAGUUUGCCUACUCCACAUUGGACUUUUCUGUGCAUCUUUUCAAAGUCGGUUUUACGAUGAAGCUAACAUACAGAACCCUCCCCAAUGAUGAAGAUGAUGACGGUGAGCAAGAAAAUGAUGCUGAUAUUACUCAAGCUGGAGGAAGCCCUCGUAGUGAUACUCAUAACAGAACACAAUGGGAUGAUGAUUGUCCUUGGAGUGAGUGGUAUUCUGCAGAAGACCCCAUAAAAGGAUUUGAAUUGAUUGCUCAAUGGUCAGAAAAGACGGUUGAAAACUCUCUAGAAAUGGCUGAAUUGGAAAAUUAUUCUCCCCUUGAAGCUGAGAAGUGGAUGUUAUAUCCAAAUUUGUCUCCAAAUCAAAAUGAUGCUCCCCAAGGAAGCAGGGUUGGUUUUUCUUCACAGUUGUGCUUUUUGGUCGAUGCAUUGGAUAUGUCUUUCCCGGCUCAAUUUAUGGAAGAUUUUGUGUCAGUUGAAAACCCAGGUUCUGACAAUUUGAAGUCCUCUAGUGUUAUACCUCCACCAACAGUUACUGAUCGUGUGCUUAAAGAACUAUUUCAUGAGGAUCUGCAACUUCCAAAUUUUGUUGAUGGUGAGCAUAAGACUUCACGAGCUAUUAAGGGCGCACCACUUCCAUCCCUUUUUGCACAGUUUUGUUUACAUUCUCUUUGGUUUGGAAACUGCAACAUACGUGCGAUUGCUGUACUCUGGAUAGAGUUUGUUCGAGAAGUUCGGUGGUGUUGGGAAGAGUUACAGCCAUUGCCCCGAAUGCCGACUGAUGGUUCAAUUAACUUGUCUACGUGUUUGAUCAACCAGAAACUACACAUGCUUGCAAUGUGUAUUGAGAGAAAGCGUCAAUUGACCGAAGACUUUCAAGAUUGCAUUGGCAGCAAUGAUCAUCUUUCUCCUCGUGUUGAGAAAAAGAGUACAGUUGAGGAGGAAUCAUCGGAUAUGCAAACACCCGAUGAAUACUUUGAUUGGAAACGUGACAGUCCUUCAACACCAGAUGAUUUACAAGAUUCUGGAACAAGUUCUAUUUUGAAGCGUGAAGAUGUGGUGUUGUCUUCUAAUCUGAAGCCAGGAAAUUGUUCGAGGAGGGGCUCAGUUGGUGUGGCAGGGUCCAUCAAGCUUUUGAAGUCAUAUCAAAGCAUGCAUGUGCCAUUCACGCAGGAUGCACCACUUAUGACAGAAGACAUGCAUGAAGAACGUCUCCAGGCUGUUGAAGCCUUUGGCGAUUCACUUGACUUUUCGGCUCAGUUGGAAAAGGAGAUCUUAUCUUCAGACAUGUCAGCAUUUAAAGCGGCAAAUCCAGGUGCGGUUUUUGAAGAUUUUAUUCGGUGGCAUUCUCCUGGAGAUUGGGAGAAGGAAAUAGAAGGAAGCAAGUCCUCCAAAAGUCCUGCCGAAGAUGAUUGGCCUCCUCAGGGACGGCUUUCACAGAGAAUGUCUGAGCAAGGAAAUAUGUGGAGAAAGAUUUGGAAUGAUGCACCAGCUUUACCAGCUUCUGAGCAAACGCCGCUUCUUGAUCCAAAUAGAGAAGGGGAAAAGAUACUUCAUUACCUGGAAACAGUACGGCCGUACCAGUUGCUUGAGCAAAUGGUUUAUACUGCCUUCAGAGCAUCGGCAGACACUCUAAGCCAGACGAGUUAUGGAGGCCUGAAACAGAUGGCGACCAAAAUGGAUCAACUUUACCUCACUAUGGCAUCUAUACUAAAGUCUUUACAAUCAAAUUCUUUAUCUCCUGAAAGUGAGACAAUUGAAGACCUUAGAAGACUCUGUGUUGUUUUCGAACAUGUUGAGAAGUUACUCAUCCUCGCAGCUUCUCUUCAUCGCAAGUUCUUGCAAGCACCAUGUCUCUCUGAAGCAAUUUUCAGUGAUUUCUACAACUUUUAUCUACCCCGAAUGGGAACAAGCUGUACUGCAGACAAUGUUCAAAAGGAAUUUGACAAGAAACAAGAAGUAAGUUUUCGCGAAAGACAAGUUGUCUCAAAUAUGUUUGCACCUCCAACGGCUAACCAGUCAUGGAGAAAGGUACUAAGCAUGGGUAAUCUUCUCAAUGGCCAUGAACCAAUUCUCCGGGAGAUAAUAUUUUCCAUGCGUGACAAAGUGAUUGGUAACCACUAUGCAAGUCGAACCCCCGAGUUGCAUCAACAAGAAAUCGAAACAUAUCGAAUGUAUAUAUGUGGAACCUCAAAUGAUCUCCGUGUAGCACUUUCUGUUGCCUCAUGCGAUUAAUUUUUAUUUCUUAACACAACAAUGUAAGUUUUCUUCAUGUCCUCAAUUCCUUAUUCCUCUCAUUACUCAUCAUCUCCUUUAUAGUCUUAUACUAACUUCUCAGCACUUUUCUAUUGCUGCUCGAGGGGUUCUAAUGGAAAAUUCCAUAGGAAUGUAAUUAACACUAAUCUUUUGUGAUUAGUUUCAAAAUCGAAUUGUCUGGUUCAUGCAACCAUACGAGCAGCGUAUGUUUGUCGUCUGUGGAGAAGUAACAAGAAGGUCGUUUUUCGUGUUACCAUAAGAUGUUAAGAACAGUGGUCGUUGCUCAUGAGAUCAAAGUCCUGCUUAGUUAUUGUCAAGGGAUUAUUUCAAUGGCUAAAUCGUUUGGUUGUUUGCUUAAACGAUGGAAUAGUGACCUUGUCACUUGUAUUUACAGGCACGCUUUUCUAAAAAGAAAUAGGCAUAUAGUUUACAAAUG